GUUUUCAUUAGCAUGAAAAACUGAAAGCAUGUCCUGUAUUCCAAGAUCUAUGCAAAAACAGUGUCAGUGGCAAACAUACAAGUUACAACUGAAGCAGAGAGAGAGAGGGAGGAGACUUUGCAAAACUAACAGCAUGAAUCACCACUGCACAGACUAAUGUGGUUUUAUACUAUUCCCCAAUAAGAGCAGUCUGAAUUAAAAAAAAAAAGUAACUGGAAGAAAGUAGGAUCUAGCCGUAGAAGAGUUGAAAUCUGGCUGAUCAAGAUGUUGGUGAAAGGCCUUCUCCUUUUGCACCAUUUAUACCUUUUCCUAUCACAUGCUGCAGCAGGGCCAACUUUCCUUGUCACCACACCUUUGGAUAUCCGUCCUGGGUUAAAUGUAACAUUAGGAAUUGCCAUUUUAGAAGACGCCCCAACUCUAGUAAAAGUCAGAGCUGAGAUCCAAAAAGAGAAUCGCACAUUGCUUGGAGGAGAAGGCCUGUUUCAAAAAGGUUCAUUUGGCACCCUGGUUCUUCCAGAAAUUCCAAAGACUGCUGUAAAUGGAAGAUAUCAUCUAAGUGUAAAAGGAUUUUCUGAGGGCCAGUUGAUAUUCUCUAAUAAGACUUUACUGGAAUUUAAAUCUAAAAGUUUCUCUGUCUUCAUCCAAACAAAUAGUGUCAUUUAUAAACCUUCCCAGGAGGUGAAGAUUCGAAUUCUGGCAUUUCGAAUUCUGGAUUUAAAACCUUACAAAUCUACAAUUGAUAUACAUAUUUUGGAUCCACAAGGGAACCUGAUUGAACAAUGGCUAGAAGAGGAAACUGAUUUAGGAGUUGUUUCCAAAAGCUUCCAUCUAAGUGAAAAUCCACCUCUUGGAGACUGGGCAAUAAAAGUGAAGUUACAUCAACAGUUACACUACCAGACCUUCACAGUAAUGGAACAUGUUUUACCAAGAUUUGAAGUUCUUAUGACAACACCUUUAUAUCAUUCAAUGAAAAAUGAGUUUCUAGAGGGAACAGUUACUGUCAAAUAUACUUAUGGGAUGCCGGUACAAGGAAAACUCACAGCUCAGUUAUUGCAUACAGCAACAUACAAGAGGAAGACAAACAUUACCAAGACAUUUGAGAUAAAUGGAUAUGCAAAGAUACAAUUUAGCCAAUCUGAGUUGAAAGAGCUAUUGACUUCUGAUAGUUUAUCAUUUACUGGACCAGUGGAUUUAUUGGUAAUUGUUACAGAUUAUCUAACAGGAAUUUCACAGAAUCAAACCACAACCAUAUAUCUAAUCAACAGAGAAUACUACAGUGAGUUUUAUGACUAUCCUACCGUUCUGAAACCUACACUCAACUUUACAGCAUCGCUUAAAAUCCUGAGAUAUGAUGGCAAACAACUUACUUCAGAGGAGAGAAAAUUUUUUGUUGCAAUCACAAUAACACGGUCACUUUUUGGGGAGACAUCAGCUGACAAUUUUGAAGACAUUGUACAAAAUGGGGAAAGGAUUGUGGAAAAAGAAUUGCUGUAUUACUCAGUUCCUGAAAAUGGCAUAAUUCAUAUGGAAAUUCCAUUGCUGGCUAAUACAACUCAUUUAAAAAUCAAGGCUGAAUUUUUGGACAGUGUAAAUCAUAUCUUUAUAAAUGAUGUGUUUAACUCCCCAAGUAAGGCCUACCUUCAGAUUAAAAAGUCAAAUCAAAAUAUCAAGGUUGGAACACCAUUUAGCCUGACCAUUGACAGCAACAUACCGUUAAAAGAGAUUAACUACUUGGUUGUUUCAAGAGGACAAAUUGUGUCCAUGGGUAAAGAAAACACAACAGCUAUAACAUUAAAACCUGAAAUCUCGUGGACUCCUGAAGCAUGCCUAAUUUUUUAUAAUAUUGCAAAUGACGGCACAAUUAUAAAUGAUGCUGUAACAGUCACAAUUCAACCAAUAUUUGAAAACCAGAUUGUUCUGUUAUGGAAUACGACACAGGCAAGACCAUUUAAAAAAGUUUCUCUCACUGUUAAUGUGACUGAGCCCAACUCAAUAGUUGCACUGUCAGUUGUGGAUAAAAGUGUAAAGCUUCUUGGAGAUCGGAUGGAUAUCACAUCAAAGCGUGUGGCAGAGGAACUCAGUGAUCAUAGCAAGACUUACAUGAGACAGAUCAUAAGUCCUGCUCAAGUGUUUGAGAGUUGUAACAUUGGCGUGAUCACUGAUGCUAACCUUGCACAAGAUGAUAACAAGCAAACGUGGUAUACACCAUUGGAAGAUACAAUGGAGGAAAUGCCCAGGCCUUGGUUUCCUUUUGAUUUGAGUAAAACUCAUGUAAAAUCUUAUUUCCCGGAGACAUGGAUUUGGAAAGAAAUUAAAAUGAGAUCUAAAACAAAUAUAGCAUAGAGGUUGAAAGUACCAGAAACCAUCACUUCUUGGAUAGCCAAUGCCUAUGUAAUGUCUGAGAAUUUAGGGUUUGGAAUAUUGACUCCUUCUGUACAGUUGGAAUCGUUUCAACCAUUUUGUAUUUCCUUCCAUCUGCCUAAUUCUGUUAUCUUAGAAGAAAUACUUAUUUUGGAAAUUGUUGUCUUCAACUAUUUGGAAGAAGAUACAGAGGUUUCCAUAACACUUUUUUACAGUGAAGGUUUUGCUAUUCAUAUGUCAUCUACAAAUAACAUUGGAGCUCAUCAGAAUAUAUCAGUCCCAAGCCAAGAGGGAAAAAGUGUUCAUUUUCCAAUUGUGGCAAAUAAACUGGGCACAUUUCCAAUUAAAGUUCAAGCAGUAUCUUCACUUGCUUCAGAUAUUGUUACUCAAAAUCUAUUGAUUAAGGCUGAAGGAAUAGAACAUUUAUAUUCAAAAACUGUACUUUUGGAACUUCUCAGUGAUCAACCACAAACAAUUUCAAAGUCUUUAGAUUUUACAUUCCCUCAUGAUGUAGUAAGUGGCAGUGAAAAGGCAUUUAUCACUGUUGGUGAUAUACUUGGACCAUCUCUCAGUAACAUACAGUCACUUAUACAACUGCCCUUUGGAUGUGGUGAACAGAAUAUGAUAACAUUUGCUCCUAAUAUUUUUAUCAUGGAUUAUCUCACCACAAGUAAAAAACUGACUGAAGAUCAUGCUUUAAAACUGGUUUCAUUAAUGAAAAAUGGUUACCAAACGGAACUAACCUACCAAAGGGAGGAUGGGUCUUUUAGUGCAUUUGGAAGCAUCGAUCCUUCUGGAAGUACAUGGUUAUCUGCAUUUGUUCUAAGCUGUUUCUUAAGAGCACGUUCUUAUAUAUUGGUUGACCCAGGGGUGCUGCACAAAACACUUACAUGGAUUCUUAAGCACCAAAAGAAAAGUGGUGAAUUUUGGGAACCAGGAAGAGUUAUAAAUAAGCAGAUCCAAGGAGGUGUUAACAGCCCUAUUAUUUUGACUGCCUAUAUAAUGUCAUCCCUCACUGAAUAUACAGGACUUAUGGAUUCUUCUCAAAUGACAGCUGCUGCAGAUUUCUUGGAGUCUCAAAGCAAUGAUGUAAUCAAUGAUAACUAUACUCUCAGCCUUGUGACAUAUGCUUUAUCAUUGGUUGGAAGGAGCAAAGCAAAAGAAUGCUUAGUUAUUUUAAAUAUGCGAGCGGAACGUAAAGGAGAAUUAAGAUUUUGGAAGUCUCCAGCUCCAAAAGCAUCUAAUGAGUGGCAAGCAAGUUCAGAGGAAAUAAUGACGGCAUCAUAUGUUCUAAUGUCACAUGUCAUUCAACAUCAGGCUGCUGAGGGACUGGCUGUGAUGAAAUGGCUUAUUCAACAGAGGGGUCACUUAGGAGGAUUCUCUUCUUCUCAGGAUACAAUAGUAGCCUUGCAAGCAUUGUCAUUAUUUGCAUCUGUUUACACUGUGGAUAAAACAGCAUUAACCAUUGCAGUAAAUGAAAACUAUACAAAAUCUUCUGCAAGUUUAAUUGUCAAUGAUGAUAACCGAAUGCUACUCCAGAGCAAACAAAUUAAUGUUGAACAACCUAUGAAACUUACAGUUUCUGCAGAAGGAACUGGCUUUGCCUUGUUACAGCUAAAUAUAAUUUAUAAUCUGAGGAACUCUAUUUCUUCUUUGAGACAAAGAUCUGCUCCAAGCCAAGAAGUCUAUGAUUUAAGUAUUAUUGUACUUGAUGAAAAAGAAAAUGAAAAGACAAUGAAUUUAAACGUAUGCAUAAAGUGUUUAGACAUGGAUACUUCUUCCUCAAGUGGAAUGAUUCUUAUGCAAGUUAAUUUACUAAGUGGCUUCAGUUUAUCACCUGACGGUGUCACCAUAAAGUAUCCCGUAAAGAAAGUGGAAUCUAUUACUGGAAUAGUUUAUAUAUAUUUUGAUUCUCUCAAUGAAACACAGAUUUGCCUGGAUAUUCGUACCAUACGUGACUUUGAUAUUGCCAAUAAUAAAGAUGGCAUUGUGUCAGUCAUAGACUACUAUGAUCCAAGACGGAGGACUGUGAGAAGCUAUAACUCAGAAAUUCUGAAAAAGCGAUCUUUUUGUUCAUACUGCAAAAAUGGCUGCACUGAUUGUUUAGACAAUGGAACAAUUGGAUUUCAGCAGCAUCCAGUUGUAAUGUGUCUACUAAUGAUCAUGCUUAUAUUACAAAUGUUACUACUGUAAACUAUCGUAAAAUAAUUGUAUAUAUGCCUAUUAAUUAAAGGGCAAUGAUACCCAAAUGUUGAAACACUUGAAAGUAAUGCAGCAUAGCUUUAAAAAGCUGACUGGAAAAUAUGACCUGAACAUCUCUAUGUAAAAAAGAAAGAUAUUUUACCUCAAAGAUUCCUCAGUAGCCACAUCCCAUUGUAAAGGACUUCUAAGCAGCAAAUCAGUAUGUCUGUCCCAGGACAGGCAAAGGAGCGAGCUUCGUGAACACACAUCUUAUUUCACUAUUCAGUUUAAGGAAGUUUACUAUGACAUUUUAUGAGAGUUAAAGGGACACUAUACCCAAACAUUUUCUUUCAUUAUUAAGGUAGAGAAUACAAUUUUAAACAGCAUUCCAAUUUACUUCUAUUACCUAAUUUGCUUCAUUCUUUAGAUAUACUUUAAUGAAGAAAUAGCAAUGCACACAGUGAACCAAUCACAGGAGGCAUCUUUGUGCAGCUACCAAUCAGCAGCUACUAAGCAUAUCUAGAUAUGCUUUUCAGCAAAGAAUAUCAAGAGAAUAAAGCAAAUUAGAUAAUAGAAGUAAAUUAGAAAGUUGUUUAUAAUUGUAUGCUCUUUCUAAAUCAUGAAAGAAAAAAAUUGUUUUUCAUGUCCCUUUAAGUUAAAUCUCAUGAGAUCACAGUAAAAUAGUUCAUGACCUCAGCACUGUUGAUGCUGAUUGGCUGCUAUUCAUUUCUUCAUAUAUAUUUUUUUACCUGCAGCUGGGCAGCAGCUGAGUAUAACUUUUUACACAGAACUUACUCUGCUGAGCUGAGGAAGUUGUGAGGUAAAAUAUCUUCCGUUUUUUAAAUAGAGAUGUCCAGGUGAUAUUUUCCUGUCAGCUUUUUACAGUUAUACUGCAUCACUUUCAAAUGAUUUAGCAUAUGAGUAUUAUGUCCCUUUAAGUUUAUCUAAUAAUACUGUAAAUGGUCUAUGCAAUAUACAUUUCCUAGCCAAAUUGUAUUUUCAUACAGUAAUCAUGCUCAUACCAUGUAAUAAAAUGUAAUGUUAUCUCUAAUUACAGUCAUUAUAUAUAUAUUGUACUCUAAGAAAAAUGCUUAAUAUUCACAACUGUAUUUUAAGUUAUCUGCAACUUGUUAUUGAAUAUCUUGAUACCAUAGAAAUAACUAUUUGAUUAAAAAAAAUUGCAUUGACUAUCAACUACCUAAGCAAAAAACAAAACAAAAUGGUAUAACAUUAAAGGGACAGUUAAGUCCAAAAAAAACUUAAAUUUUUCAAAUAGGGCAUGUAAUUUUAAACAACUUUCCAAUUUACUUUUAUCAACAAUUUUGCUUUGUUCUCUUGGUAUUCUAGUUGAAAGCAAACCUAGGAAGGUGCAUAUGAUAAUUUCUAAGCCCUUGAAGACCGCCUCUAUUUUAUUUACUUUUCACAGCAGGGGAGAGCAAGUUCAGGUAGGCCAUAUAGAUAGCAUUGUGAGCACGCCCGUGGCUAGUGGCAGACACUGCACUAAUUGGCUAAAAUGCAAGUCAAUAGAUAAUAACUAAAAGUCAUGUGAUUAGGGGCGGUCAGAAGAUGCUUAGAUACAAGUUAGUCACAGAAGUAAAAAGUGUAUUAAUAUAACAGUGUUGGUUUUGCAAAACUGGGGAAUGGGUAAUAAAGGGAUUAUCUAUCUUUUUAAACAACAAAAAUUCUGGUGUUGACUGUCCCUUUAACUAAAUGACCGUUUUGCACUUUUUUUUUUUGGCAGAGGCAGUAGAAAAAAGCAAUUUAAAAGCAAUGCAAAUAAACCAUCACUUGACAUACAUUUGAACUUUUUCAGGUGUAGCACAGAUCUAGCAAUUUAAAAAAUGUAUUUAAAUAAAAAUGUAAAUUUUAA